AUGGUUCUCAAGAUCCACGGCACCCCUUACGCCUCCUGCACCAAGCGCGUUUUGACCGUCGUCGAGGAGCUGAAGAUCCCACACGAGCUGGUCCUCGUCGACGUCGAGAACCGAGCGCACAAGAGCCCCGAGCACCUAGCGCACCAACCCUUCGGCCAGAUCCCUUACAUCGAGGACGACGGCUUCGAGAUUUUCGAGUCCCGGGCGAUCUCCCGCUACCUCGCGCUCAAGUACGGGGGCAUCGGGAAACUCAUCCCCGCGCAGAGCGACGUCGAGGCCACUGCGAAGUUCGAACAGGCUGCUAGCGUGGAGGCUUUCGACUUUGAUCCGCUGGCGACGAAAAUCGUAUGGGAGGCCGUCUUCCAUCCCGGCCUCGGGCUGCCUUCUGACACCGCGGCCGUCAAGGCGCAGACGGCUCUGCUUGAAGGCAAGAUGGACGGGUAUGAGGCUCUGCUCUCCAAGACGAAGUUCCUAGCCGGGGAUGAGGUAUCGUUGGUCGACCUCUUCCAUCUCUCGUACGGGAGUUAUCUCAGGGACGCGGGUCUCGACUUCCUAGAAUCUCCCAGGUGGCCUAGCGUUGCUAGAUGGUGGAAGGAAAUUUCAUCCCGCCCGUCCUGGGUGAAGGUGAACGUACCGUUAGUGUUCUGAUGCACGAGGACACAUAAUGGUCAUUUAUGUGACGAAGGUACACUGCGAUGAGAUUGGCACUUGAAUGAGCGUGGCUUUAGGAGAGACAUGUGUUAGUGAUUGAUGGACUCCGAGUCCCUCUGAAGCUCCAGGUUGAUGACCCAAAGCGACCUCGUCAGGCAGUAGAAUCCGCAGCUCAGCUGGCAGAGCAUUACAUCCGCGUGAUGUUACCGGGCAUGUGUACCGUAACGCACGCGCACCGGCACUAAUUACGAUGACGCAGGUCAUACGCGCUGCUCGCGUCCAACAGCCUCGAUGCAUGGCCAUACCGCAGCCGCAGAACUGGUCGGAGCGGCGGUCGAUGGGAGAUUCUCCGCCACUCACGCAACGAGCGACCCCAAGACGAGCGUCAACUCCAACACCGGCAGUGGGGACCUGUCCAGGGCCUUACAUGUACUGCUGUCGAUCCACGUCCCGCCCUAUUCCUUAAACGUCUCGGUAGGACUCGGAGUGGGGUUCAGAUGAGAGCGAAAAUGAGCUUAGAGUGCGCCUUUAUUGCACACUACUUUACGGGCUAAGAUUAUUGUUACAUAGGCGAAAACCGAUACUAGUUGUACAUCAGGGUCAGAGCCG